CGCCAACGCUUAAUAAACGCAAUGACAGUAAUCUCCCCCGCUGCCAUAGUGACAGCGCAAGAGAAGCGGGCAGAUAAACGAAAAGAGAUUUUAGUGUUUAUCUGUGCAUUUAACCACAGAAAUAAUGGACAGUACCGGGAAAGAAAAGGAGGCAAUUCAGCUCAUGGCUGAAGCCGAUAAAAAAGUGAGGUCUUCCGGCUCGUUUUUAGGAGGAAUGUUUGGAGGAAAUCAGAAAGUGGAAGAGGCAUGUGAGAUGUACGCCAGAGCAGCCAACAUGUUCAAAAUGGCCAAAAACUGGAGUGCUGCAGGUAAUGCUUUCUGUCAGGCGGCCAGACUUCACAUGCAGCUUCAGAAUAAACAUGAUUCGGCCACCAGCUUCAUCGAUGCAGGAAACGCCUUCAAGAAGGCAGAUCCACAAGAGGCUAUCAAGUGCUUAAACGCAGCCAUUGAUAUUUACACAGACAUGGGAAGAUUCACCAUCGCAGCCAAGCAUCAUAUCACAAUCGCUGAGGUGUACGAAUCAGAGCUGGUGGACAUUGAGAAGGCGAUUGCACAUUAUGAACAAGCUGCUGACUAUUACAAGGGAGAGGAAUCGAACAGCUCUGCAAACAAGUGUCUGCUGAAGGUGGCUUCAUACAGCGCUCAGUUAGAGCAGUACCCGAAAGCAAUAGAGAUUUAUGAGCAGGUUGGAACCAACACCAUGGACAAUCCCCUACUGAAAUACAGCGCCAAAGAAUACUUCUUCAAAGCUUCCUUGUGCCACUUCAUCGUGGAUGAGCUCAAUGCAAAGCUCGCUGUUGGAAAGUAUGAAGAGAUGUUUCCAGCCUUCUCGGAUUCAAGAGAAUGCAAGCUUCUGAAGAAACUUCUAGAGGCCCAUGAGGAGCAAAAUGCAGAGGCUUUCACAGAAGCGGUGAAGGAGUUCGACUCCAUCUCUCGCUUGGACCAGUGGCUCACCACCAUGCUUCUGCGGAUCAAGAAGACCAUUCAGGGAGACGAGGACGACCUUAAAUGAUCUGGACAGUGGGGCGAUCACCCACUGCAUGGCACCCUCCUUCCCCCCUUCCAUUUCACAUCAGUUCUGUGCAAUGGCCAAGUCCGGGUUUCCCAAAACAGUAUGUCAAAAUGUAUUGCUGCAACAUUUCUAGAGAAUAUACUUCUAAGCCUGUACUGUUACAUUGAUAUCCAGUUAUAUAAUAUA